UAAACAUGGCGGCUAGAAUGGGUGUCCUUUCUGUAGCGGGCUUCAGAGCGGCAGCGAGAGCAGGGGGCCUCUUGGCAAGACCAAAGCAGUCGACGGCGGUCGUACCCUGUCGGACAGUAAUAGCUUCCAGCGCUGGGGCCAUUUUACCAAAACCGGAAAAAGUUAGCUUUGGUCUUCUUCGAGUGUUUACCGUGGUCAUCCCAUUCCUGUACAUAGGAACCCUUAUUAGUAAGAACUUUGCAGCCGUUCUGGAGGAGCAUGAUAUCUUUGUUCCAGAGGACGAUGAUGAUGACGAUUAAGAACUUUGUCAAUACAUUGUUCACAACAAGCCUUAUCAUACGAGCGUGGAUCUUUGUCUUCUGAAAUGGACAGGACUGAAGAUGCUGCAGCCCAAUUUACACUGAAGCUACACCAAUGAUUUGCUGCAUGUUUAUAAAACAAACUGAUAUUAUUCGUUUUGCCUCUACCAUUUGGGGGAUGUUCUCGCUUGGGUUGCAAGGUGAAAGAAGCAUGUGGUGUUUUAGGGUGAUAGUAAUAAAUAUCUGUUAUAAAUGA